ACGACGGCAGGACGCCGGAGAGAGGAACGUGAGAAUGACGGACUGAGAGUCGGGGGCGCGCGUUAUGGGGCAGCUGGAGACUGCGGCAAUGCUGCGCAACUAAGUGGGGCGAAACACAGGCCACCGGGACACGGUUUGGAGGUUUUAAACCUUAAAGUGCUAGAUGUGAGCAAAGAAUCCGAACAGUUUCGUCUGCUGCUUCAAGAACGUCUUCCACUCACCAGUUACGGUUGCCAGGCAUGUUGGAAUCAAUCCGAGUAACCGAAAAACUUCGGUGGCCUGAGUUGGAAUUGGCCAGAAAAUCAAUUCUGUUGAAUCCCACCGACAAAAAUGGCAGCAGCCAAGCUAGCAUCCAGCAAGUCUCUGCCAGCAUCCUAAAAGAAAUAUUUACAGGAAGCAAUGGCUAUAACGUCCUGUUGUCGUCAAAGGGGGAAAAGAAGCGCAUGUCCUCAAGCCAUCACAAAAAACACCGCAAGUCUGCCAAACCUUCUGCAGUGUUGCGAUAUAAGGAACGCCGGAACCCCAGUGCCUCUCUCCCGCUGGUUGACGAGGAGUGGUGUCUUGGAAGCAAGCGUACACAGUUGCUCAUGGGCAGUUUGGUUGCUAGCAGUUCAAAACUGCCCCUUGGCAUGUCUGUCAUCGGGAGUGAAAUUGGUCUGUCGCAACGGCCAAAAAGCAAGGUUAAAAAGCUUUAUUUCUCAAGUCUGCAGAGAUCACGGUUGCCAGUUGGACAAGGCAAAGACAGCGAGGGUACCACCCGUAGACUGUGCAUCCUAACUGCAGUGAAACCAUCAAAUGUGGAGAAGGAGAAGAUCAAGUUCUUCAAGUCUGAGUUCACCUACAAUCCACAGUUUGAAUAUGCUAACCCAGCCUUGCCCAAUGUACUAGCAAGACAUAGUGUUGCUUCAGAGAAAUUUCUUCUGCAGGCUAUUAAAAUAAUGAAACUGGCCCUUCAGAAAUAUGGCAGCUAUGAGAAGUUUGAACAAGCAACCGGGGGAAACUUGCUCACUAAGAGUCGCAUUUGGUUCUACGUGAAGAAGUACAUGGAGAAGGAGAAUUGCCUUGGUGAUAUUGCAGUCCACUUAACAGAUGAUUUGCUUUCUCGUGCAUCAAUGACAAUAGUGAAUGGACGCCCAACCCUCACCAUCAAUGUUUCUACUGCACGCGAGCACUGGCUGGAGGGAAUGCUGAGACAUGAGAUAGGUACUCAUUACAUUCGAGGUUUAAAUAACAAUCUACAGCCCUGGAGUAACUGGAAUGGCCGCAGGAAACAUGGGCUGAAACCCAUCAACCCAACCGAAGAAGGUCUUGCCAGCAUUCACAGCGUGCUGUUCCGCAAGGAUCCCUUCCUCUGGAGAGCCGCUCUGCUCUACUACACCGUUUACCAGGCCAGCCACAUGUCCUUCAGUGAGCUCUUCCUUGACAUUGGGAAAUUUGUGGAAAAUCCAAACACUCGGUGGGAUUAUUGUGUACGAGCCAAACGUGGUCAGACUGACACAUCCCAGCCAGGGUGUUUUAGCAAAGACCAAGUCUAUCUGGACGGCAUCCUUAAAAUUCUGAGAUACAGAGACAGCAUUGACUUCCAGCUUUUAACAGCGUUGGGGAAGGUAUCUUAUGAAGAUGUGGACCGCCUCAAGGUUACUGCCAUGUUGCAGAAUGCACAAAUACCUCACUUCAUGCACGACCAAGUUCGGUAUCUGGAACAAUUAGACAAGAUCAUGAAGGUGAACGGGCUGACAGAUUGUGAACUCCAGAUUUUGAUUUGAAAUGAACUGUGAUCUGCGAUUGAUCCAGUAACUGUUAACACCAAAAUAGUACUACAUUCAGAGAAAGUAAACUAUAAUCAUUCAGAGUUGGACACACGUUUGACAGGCAAUUUGUAUUUGGGCAAGCUCGCAAUUUGUAAUUGAAUUGUUCACUUUAAGACAUUAGGUGAUUUCUACUUGAGGGUUGAAAUCUUAAGUAUUGCAGAGUACAUAAAUAUAUUUUACUAUGUUAAUGGUAUUGAGAUGAAAGUGAAAUACAUUUUGUUAAAAAAUCUUUUAAAAAAAACAAAAAAGUAAUAUUGUUGAAAAAACGCAAAAGUACAAUGUGUGAAGAAUUCCAACUGAAAUUACUGUCAGAAUUGUAGUUUUCAGCAUUGUGUUUCAUAUGCCCAAUUGCAUUUUGUCUGUGGCUGUGAUAAAAUACAUCACUUUACCUCCAUUUUCUCUUCCAGAAUUGAUAAGUAUAGGGACUUGUGUGAACUUGACAGCAAAACUAAUACUGCACAGAAAAACUGCAAAAAAAAUUUACACGUUAAAACUGUCACAUUAAUAUCUGCAAACUUGAACUAUUUGACAUUGUAUAUCACUGAAACAUUAGAGGAUGUUAAUAUAUUGCAUCAGUUUCUUUGUGUUAUUCUCUGAAUUGUUGUCCAUCUCUUUUCAGUUCCAUAAUAUAGUGUUGUUAGGCCGUAACCCAGGAUGCAGAACACUAUUUUGCUCGAGUUGCCUGUUGUGGACUGUGCAACAGAGAGGCAGGUGAUUUAGCUCAACCAAUCUAUACAUGUCUUUCUGCUCUAAGCAAUUCUUUUACCUCUUUGGAUUCUACUUCUUUCUGUAUGAAUUUAUGAACUUGCUUCAGAGCUUUUCAUCUCAACUACUGAUUAUAGACACUGGUUCUGCAGUAUCACCACUCUUCAAGACAAAUUGUACCAAAUUCCAUACUGGAUUUAUUAUUGACCUUUGUUUUUGCAGAGGAGAGUUAUUCUUCUCAUGCUUUCUCAUUUUUUCUUCCUUCUUUAGGUGAGUAGCUUAAUAAACAGCCUUAUCUUGCAUCACCAGAAUCCCCCUGCUUAGUCCUUUAAGUACCGACUUUUCUUCAACCCUGAGUCAAAUAGCGGUUUCAAUUCAAAAGAGGUAUAUUGGCAUUCACUUCCAUAGGCCUACCGUUCUGCUAAUAUUGGUGGUUAUUUGUUUACAAGUUUUGUUUUUGCUUGGUAGCCUUCCAGGAUGUAAGGGAAUGUUCAUCGAAUGCAUUGCCUUUCUCUCAUAAUCAUCCUCAUGAACUAAACUGGAAAACAGAAGAACUGGGUUUAUUUUAAACCUUUCAUUCUAAGUCACCAUUUUGGUCAUGAAUAGGUGUUUUUAACAUUGAAAACUCUUACUAAAUGUGUGAUGCAAAAUUUCUUGGGUCAUAUCUGACUUCAGAAGUGUAUUUAUGAAAUAUUCAGAAUGAUUUAUUAAUGAACCCCUGAGCCAUGUUAAUUUUCACUAAUCUGAUCAUACCACUAAGGUCUACAGCUACUAAUAUUAAAGACCUCUGUGCAAAAUUAAGUAUUCUCUCUUUAGUAGAAUUAAUGAAUGGGCAGGGAAAAUUCCAGUUAUCAGAACCUGGCUUGCAUCUCUUGAUAGGAGGUGAUAGCACAUGCAUUAUUGGGAUGAACAGUUCACCAGUGAUAGUGCAUGUGAAUUGUUGUUUGUUAUUGAAUUCUGUCAGGUUUUUGCAUGUAGUUUUGUAAUUGUGGUGGAAUGAGAAUAAUUGCAGUCAGUUUGUUUGUUCAGUGUUAGGACAUUUCAGCCACAGCUUUGGUCAUCAAAUCCAAAAUGUACCAACGGGGAAAACCAAAAUAAAGACAUACUAUAUCAUGUGCAACA